CGCAUAUAUAAUUAUCUGAAGAAAAAUUCUAUCUUUUUUUUUUUCUUUUUCUUUUUUUUCUUUUCUUUUCCUUUUUGUAAUGAUUAAGAAAUUGUGAGUUCUUUUCUUAUAAAAUGGACGUUUCGAAAAUGUGUAUUGACUCAUCUGAUGUUGUUCAUGAAUCACCUUCUACCUCAUCUUCUGAAAGGGACUCUUUGCCGUCUUUAAAUGAUUUGCCUCUAUACAACAAUUCCACUGAUCAAAAGCAGCAGUUACAAUUACAAUAUCAAUAUCUAAAAUCUUACGCAAAUCCACCUGUAUUAGAACAAACAGAUUAUACGCAAAACAAAAACUAUUUUCCAUCAUCAUCAUCUUCUCUUUUGAAAUUCAACAAACCACCUUCUCCUCUACCUCCACUUAUGAGCCGUAGACCAUUAGCACCUGCUCCACAAUUAUCGCCUUCUCCACCCACUUCUGUUGCUGAAGACAGUACCAUGUUAAAAUUCAUGAUUGAUCAAUGCUCCAUGGUGUAUCAAAAGAUUGGAAAAUAUCGUGUUGAUCCCCUGCGAGAAUCUGAACGUAAUCAGAUUAUUGAUGAAAUCUAUAGUACAACUGAAUCUUUAUUAAAUUCUUUGAAAGAAUACGAAAUAAGACAACAACGUAAUAGUAUGGAAGAAGACAUGGCACAUGAAAUGCCACAUAAAUUUAAUGGGAUGGAUGAAGACAUACAUACUAAAAUGAAUGAAGCAACAAGUGAAGAAUAUAAACUGAUUAGACAAGCAAGAAAUUUGCAAGAAUCAGUACGCCCUAAAUACCGUAGAAGAAGUAAGCGUAGCAUGGUGGGUCAACGAUGUCACUCUUGCAAUACUUCAGAGACACCAGAGUGGAGAAGAGGACCAGAUGGUGCUCGUACACUUUGUAAUGCGUGUGGCCUACACUAUUCAAAACUGUUGAGAAAAGGUUCUCUUACAGUUCAGACUCACAAUUACAUGCUAGACUCAGGACCUGAAUCAAAUAGGGCACAACAAGCUAUGCAGUUCUCACUGCAACAAAGAAAAUCACCACCUCACUUGUCUAUAGAACCAUUAAACAAUCGGAUAACUGAACUAAAAGAAGAAGAAAAACGCGAAUAAAUAUUUAUUUAGACUUUGAUAUCUUGAUUAAAUGGUAGCAUAAACAAACAACUUUUACG